AGGAUUAAGGAAGUUGGGUGAUGGCUAAAAUAAAGGUGUGCUUUGCUGACGCGCGUGGAUAAGAAACGUAUGGCACUCAGACUGAAUACGGAGAACUUCAGAAACCGGAACGGUCUGCAAAACAAAAGUGGUUACUGGUUUCAGAAAGGAGUGGAUAUUAGACUUUUUGUCAGGCCGUGUACGCUCUGAGCGAGUUAUAAAAUCAUGGAUAACAAACUCCUUGUAAACGUGCCGCAGUUGAGCAACGCGAUGCAGCUGAGCAUCAUGCACAGGGUGAAGACUGGAGAGCUGACCAUCGAGGAUGCACUGAACCAGGCCAGGAGAGAGACGGGCAAGCAGCAGAGAGUGGAAGAGGAAAACAUUCGGCAUAAUUUCAGUGUCUACAAGCACAACCGAUACAGAUGGCAGAAGCGCAUUUUGCAGAUUGACUUUAACACAAAGCUGGUGUGCAGCAUUGAGAAAGGCAUAAUCAAGCGGCAGCUCCCCUUCUCCUCUGUGAAGAGCUGCGAGGAUGGCGCGGGGGCCAAGUUCUCCGUGUCCUUCUGGGGAAGACACGACUACGAACUGGAGGCCACCUCUCUGGAGGACAAACAAAAGAUUAUGCAGCUGGUUCAUCAAAUAAUACACGGAAACAUCUAUGAGGUGCCAGUGCACACCAGCCCGGAGGUGUGCGAGGCACCGGCCGUCACCCAGAGCCUUCGGGAAGGCCAGUUAUAUCUGCAGAGAGGAGGGCUGGCCUCGUUCAGAUGGGUGAAGUAUCUGGCUCAGCUCCACCACGCAGAGAUGACCCUGGUCCCCUGCAGCGGGCGAGGGACCGGCGACUGCGAUGGCUUCGACCUCUUUAGCCUGCCCAGGCUCUUGCCCAUUGUCAUCCAUUUCUCUGACGGUGACGCCAGCGUGGAGACGCCGCGGACCUGCGACACCUUCACUCUGCUCACCAAGAAGAAUGAGUACCAGUUCCGGGUGCCGGUGAUGGAUCAGGCGAAGAGCACCGAUGCCAUUGGGAAGGAGAGGGACGAGUGGGUGCGCGCCGUCGACAGGCUGUGUCUGGAGUGGAAGCGCAGGUCGCAGGUGGAGAGCCGGAGCGUCUACGAGAUGGGGAAGUCGGCCUGGGCGCGGUGCAGCUCAAAGGUCCGUAUUGAUACAGUGCGCCUGUACGAGCAGUUUGCCAUCGAGGAAACGGGGUGUCUCGCCAGCCUGGAGUCCACCAAUAGCGUCAACAUCAUGCUGAACGACAAGAUCGCCCACAACUUCAAUAUCUUCCUCAAAAGUUUCCCUGUGGCACCUGGUGAGCUGAAGGACAAAUUGUACAUGGUUUAUGAGGAAGACGGAGGCCUUACUGACGAGCACAUCACCUCACUGAGGAGAUAUGUACCCACCCCAGAUGAUGUGGAGAUGUAUAAAUCCCAUAAGGGACCUCUGUCUGAACUCCAUGUGGUCGACCAGUACAUGAUGGAGAUGUGCCGGAUUCCCUUCCUGAGUGCCCGUCUGGACCUGCUGCUGACCCUGAGGGAGCUUCCCAUCAGCAUGGAGGACCUGCAGCCGCUGAUUAACCAGAUGAUCAGGAUGUGCAAUCAGCUGUCCGGCUGCAGGGCCUUCUUCUCUGUGCUGGAGUACCUCCUCGCCGUGGGCAAUUACCUCAACGAGAACGCCGGCAAGGAGAAGGCCAGGGGAGUCCGCCUCUCGUCCUUAACGAAACUUUCGCAGCUCCGUGGGAAAGGCAGGAAGUUCACCUUGCUACAUGCCCUUGUCGAGCAGAUCGUGUUGCACGAGCCCCACUUGGCGACGUUUUCCCAGGAGUUGACAGAAUUUGAGACCGUUCCUGGGGCAUCCAUUAAAGGCCUUGUAGCUGAGGUGGAUGUGCUGAAGAACGAGUUGCAGAAGGUGGUUCAGCACAAGAAGACACAGAAGGUGAAAAACCAAGGGCCGCAACACCAAAAGUUUUUGAGAGACUUGAAGACGGCGAUUGAGAGGUACAGCGCUGAUCUCUCCCAGCUGACGAAGAAGUGCGAGGAGAUGAAGAAACUCUACGCUGACAUCUUGGUGAAAUAUGGAGAACCGUCUGGACAGGACUCCCAGGAGCUCUUCGGAUGGGUGUGUACGUUCACCGCUGAUUUCAAGAGGGUUCACGCCGAAAUGACGCUGUGACUCUGUGCAAGUCCUUCAGACACAACCCCGCCCUUUAAGAGAAGCUGACGGCCCUUCCCGCGUGAAUCACCAGAUGAACUGCGCUCUACCGGGCUGUGCUCUAAUCCCUAUGCUGUCGCAUUACCAUCGCCCACAGUCUGCCGGCCGUCUGGCAGGUGAUAGCAAGCAGUGGUUUUGCGUGUAUCGCGGGGGCAUGCGUUUCCCUGUAAAAGAUUGUUCCUCCACCGCUACUGCAAGGGUUUCAUCUGGAUUUCCAGCCUCCGGUGAUUUAUUAAAGGCCUCUGUUGAUGCAGGGCUUUAAUGGGCAUUUGAUCGACCCAGUUCUUGGUUGGGGUUUUCAGGUUCACAAAAAGGAGAGUUUACAAGUGGGAUGGUACCUAGCCUAGCUGGGGAGAAGUGGCUUCCGCUGAGUACCGUGGCCUAACAUGACCAAAACCCAAGCAGACCU